AUGCCCGCGGUCCAUACACCCCGCUCAACAGCGGCAACGCGCUCCUUUGCGCGUGCAUUUAGCACGCUUACACCGCUCCUUGUCAAAGCAUUCCCGUUCCAUAGCCACCUCGCUCGACCCUAUGGCGCAUUUGCCAGCUCGGAAGAGCCGGAAGAGGAACCAGGCUCGACGGGGUUCUGGUGGAAACUCGGAUUCAGUGUCGGGUUGGUGCUCCUGGGUGGUGUGUUCGCCGGGCUCACGCUCGGCCUGAUGGGUCUCGACGAACUGCAUCUGCGCGUGCUAGCGGCCUCGAGCGACAGCCCGAAAGAACGUAAAAACGCGUCGAAAGUUCUCCGAUUGAUGAGCAGAGGCCGACACUGGGUCCUCGUAGUACUCCUCCUCGGAAACGUCAUCGUGAACGAGUCCCUGCCAAUAUUUCUCGACAGUGCCAUCGGCGGCGGAGUGGCAGCAGUAUUCAUCUCUACCGCUAUGAUUGUGAUCUUCGGGUGCGCCGGCUCACCGCAUCUACUCACUCGUGUCUACAAUCCUCACAUCGCCCGCUUCGCCCUCGCAGCGAUGUCAGUCCGUUAUGGCCUUAGCAUAGGCGCGGUCGCAGCGCCCAUCGUCCUCACCAUGAUGUACCUCUUUGCCCCGAUCGCGUGGCCCACUGCUAAACUGCUCGACUGGGCGCUCGGUAAAGACGAAGGAACGACGUACAAAAAGGCAGAGUUGAAGUCGUUCCUCCAAUUCCAUCGUCAGGGACAAGAGCCCCUGCGCGACGAUGAGAUCAGCAUCCUCAACGGCGUGCUCGAGCUGAACAACAAGUCCGUCGAGGAGAUCAUGACCCCGAUGAAGGACGUGGUCACGCUCCCCGCGGAUAUGAUAUUGGACACCAAAGCCAUCGAUUGGAUACUCAUGAGCGGAUACUCCCGCCUGCCGGUGCACGAGCCUGGCCAACCGCUAGUAUUUAUCGGCCUCCUGCUCGUGAAGCAGCUUGUGCGGUACGACCCGUCGCAAGCCAAACCCGUGUCGAGCUUCAGGCUGUCGAUCCUGCCCGAGGCGAAGCCGAACAUCAACUGCUUCCAAGCGCUGGACUACUUUCAGACGGGCCGGGCGCAUUUGCUCCUGAUCAGUGACACGCCCGGACAGCCUGGUGGCGCGAAAGGCGUCGUAACGCUCGAAGAUAUCAUCGAAGAGAUCAUCACGGAAGAGAUCGUUGACGAGACGGACCGGUUCGAGGACAACCAGAGCAAGCGGAAGGCGAAGCGGAUGACGACCAAAGCCAUCAUGGAAGGCAUUGUGGAGCGACACCGACGCAAUGUCUCCGACGCGACGUCGACGGGUCACUUCUCGCCGAUCGUGGGCUCCCGCGACACGUCGGCGGAGCGCGGCGGGAUGAGCGCGCAGUACGCGAACCAGGGAUACGGGGCGACCGCGAACGGCCAGUCCUUGACCGCGGCCUCGGCGGCGGUGGCGGCGGCAGCACCCCAGAUGAGCACCUCUCCCAAGCCUUAA